AUGUUAAGAGCUUAUGUUUAUCAGUCCUUUGAGUGUGCUAUGUUGUGCAGUACUUUAAUAUACCACUGUGAUGGUUGGGAUAUACCCACCACAGUUGAAUGGAAUACAAACUCCACAACAGGGGGAUUUUUGCGAAAAUUAGUUCAAUUGGAAAACAAAAUUCUAAUUAUGCUCACAAAAACUAUUACAAGUGUAUCCAAUGUCUUUGUUUGCUUUAGAAAGGGUUUGGCGAAACAAUUGUGCUUCUUCAAAGUCAAGAGGUGUUCAGACGCGAAAAGAAAGAUAUACGUACCAAAAAUUCGCGUCUCCGACGUCUUUUUAUAUGACACCAACUUCUUGCGGAACCAUACGCUCGAAACUACCUGCUUAGAGCUUUAUAAUGCCUCAGACACAAGUAUUAUUACGUUCAAUCGGCUCGAGUAA